AUGCUUGACAACAAGGGCCAUAGGCAUGCAUGUAGGAUCAUUUUGGAAAGUGGGUCACAGCCUAAUUUAAUGACAGAAAAAUUAGAAAAAUAUUUAAACUUGAAAAGAACAAAAUUAGAAUCUUCAAUCGAGGCAGUUUAUAUCGCAGAAGUAACAAGUACUGAUUGGGUUGUCGCGAAUAUUCAAUCUAAGUCUUCCAACUAUGCAACAAAACUUUCAUUUUUGGUGCUUCCUGAAAUAACUAGCCAUACUCCAGCCUCUCCUAUCGAUAAAACCAUCCUCAACAUCCCUAAACACAUAAGAUUAUCUGAUCAAAAAUUCAACCAGCCGGGAGAAGUGGAAGCUCUCAUUGGAGCCGAGCACUUCUACGAAGUUUUGAACACUUUCAAAAUUCCUCUCGCUUUACCACGAACCGCCUUGCAAAGCACUAAAUUCGGUUGGAUAGUAACAGGCAAGGUCAACUCUAACUGGAACCAACAAAGGCUUAAACAUCAUUUGGUCAGGGAUAAUUUAAGCUCACAAUUAGACAACUUUUGGAGAAUAGAAGAAGGCGAGGAUAGACGAUAUUUUUCUAAAGAGGAGGAAGCAUGCGAGAAUCAAUUUUCUGCUAACGUGCAACGUGAUUCUUCAGGCAAGUAUGUAGUUCGACUACCUUUCAAGGAACAAAAGGAAGACUUAGGGAACUCUUACGACGUAGCGCGAUGA